GAUAAUCGACUGACUUUCUCAAAAGAUCGUCAUCCCAAUUGUCAAAUAAUAACACAUGAGCUUCAAUAGCUAGCAACGACAUUUAUUUACAGUAUAGCAAGGUAAUUUAUAACCAAUUGAAGCUCAUAAAACUAUCGAAUUACUUUUUUUUUUUUUAUAAACAUAAUGGCCCCGUCGAGGGCUACAGCUAGGCUAGGAGCAGCCCUGCGACAAGCCAGUCAACAUCAGCUCCGAUCACAACGACAGCAAUUCCUGAAUAGUUCUAAGCUACAACGGUCAUACUACCACUCUUACGACCACCCACCACCUCCAGGCGUAUUCAGCGCGGCUGAAAAUGCCAUCCUAUCCGCUGCCUACCGCCAUGUCCCCGAACAUGGCUUCACGCAACACACAUUAUCUCUAGGCGCGCGCGACGCCGGCUAUCUCGACAUAAGCACUAACCUACUCCCCGAGGGACCUUUCAGUUUGAUACGGUAUCAUCUAUUAACCCAACGGGAGGCGCUUGCGCCGCGGAGUAAAGAAAUAUUCGGCUCUGAGACAAAUACCGCUUCAUCCGCAGCAUCGCUACAUAUCCCAGAAAAAGUUGAGCGGUUGGCAUGGGAGAGGCUACUUGGGAACCAGGAAGUUAACCACCGAUGGCAGGAGGUGAGUCAUAAUCCACAACGUUGAGAGGUUCCCUACUUGCAUAUCGAGCUAUAGUGUUAGCUAAUACAAUCUCACCCCAAACCCCAGGCCCUAGCUGUGAUGGCUCAACCCUCCCACGUCCCCACCUCUCUGCGCGAGCUCGCGCUCCUCGCCGACGAAAUAUACUUUCUAUCGGGCGACACCGCGGUCGAUCCGUCCUGGUACUCGAAACGCGGAUCGCUGUCGGUCAUCUACG